GCCCACGUCCCAUUUCUACAUUGCCAAACCACCAUUCUGUCAACUGUUUCCAACAGCCACAAUGGGUUAUCCGCAUUGUACGACUCCAAAGAAGGCCAAGGUCGAGGGCGCGGUUGAGUUCCUUGAGGCCAAUAAAAUCCCGCACUUUAAAAGCGAUGUUUUCAAGCAAUUUGGAGUCACCCAUCCAACUGGCUGGCGUUAUCUGCGCGAGGCCGAAAGUUACGGCAGUCGUACCUACCAUUCUGCUUUUCCGGACCGCCGAGGCCGUAAAUCGAAGACUUCAGACCGAGAUCUAGCAACGAUAGAAUGCUUCAUUGAGUCUAACGACUUCGAUGGACGUACUGUGCCUUACGCCGCCCUCCCUGCCGCUGCUGGGCUCGACCUCGAUGUUUCUGCGCGAACCGUACGCCGAGCCGUCGGCUCCCUCGACUUCCGCUUCUACGUGGCAUACCAGAAGCACUAGGCCUCGCAGCGCCUAAAAGAACGCCAGGCAGAGUAUAGCCGCGUUAUGCUAGAAAAGAAAAAGAAGACUGGCGGCACAUCAGAUUCUCCGAUGAAUGCCAUUUUGGCUGGGGUCCCGAGGGUAGAAUCUACGUCCUUCGAAGACCGUAAGAGCGCUGUUGCCCUGACUGUCUUGUUGAGCGUAGAACUCCCGAUGAAAAAGACCUCAAACGUGUACACUGUUGGGCAGCCGUUGGAUACGACUUCAAGUCGCCACUCGUAUGGUAUGACAGUGGGAACGACUACGGGAAGAUGACCUUGCAGCAA